AAAUGUGGCAAAAGGUCGCAAAGUUCAAGGGGGCCGAAUACUUUCGCAAGGCACUGUAUGUUCGGUGUGCAUGGUCCCCAUCCAUCAAACCAUGUUUUUAUACUGUCUCUCUCUGUGACUCAUUUAUGUUCGGUGUGCAUGGUCCCCAUCCAUCAAACCAUGUUUUUAUACUGUUUGAGAAACAAAUAAUGAACUGCAAUUCAGCCAUUUCAGUUGCCAGUUAUUGCGACCGUUGUCAGUCAUAUGCUGUGUGGAAAUAGAUAAGGCUUAUCUCUGUUGCUGUGGCUGGUGGAGAUAUUCGGUUUGACCGAUGCCAUAAGAUGCUGAGUUUUCUGAGGUGCUUCAGCUGUGUCCUAUAUUGUACGGACUGAGAUGACCCACAUCCGUGUGCACGGCGACUGCCCAUAAACAAAUUAACUGUCUAAUUUGUUUCUUAUCUUCUCUCCCAUGUCUCUUUUCUUCCGCUUGCUCUGUUGCUCCUUAAGGGAAAAUCCACUCAGAAAUGGUCGUUAAGCAUCAUACGGCGCAUUUUGCAUCAUCAUGAGGAUGUGGCAAGUGACAAUUUGAUUUUCGAAGUCCUAUAUCUUGAAAAUGUGAUUUCUGACAUGGAAAACACUUUGGGAAUUUAUCAACAGUGGACUAAAUGAAAAAAUAUAUAUAUAUUUUGGGUUGGAUUUGUCCUUCAACGCAUCUCUCUCUCUCUCUCUCUCUCUCUCUCUCCUCUCUCUCUCUCUUUAUUUCCCUCCCUCGCGCAAUUCCCCGGUUGUAUUGGGGUGGAUGACGCGGCACCCAUACCUGUGCUGUGUGCUUCUUGCGCCGGCUGGGCGUGCAGCCUGGGGAAGGAAUGGUGAUGGGGAUGCGGCUGCCAUGGUAACAAGCCGAUUAGAUCCAGACCUUUGUGUGUAUUUAUUUAUUUAAUAUUUCAGUUGCGUGCGUGCGUGCGUGCGUGCCUGAGAGGUGACGGGCGUUUUGGAAGUCAGUCUGCAAUCGGAAUCAGAAUAGUAAGACCGGUGUCGCGUUCCUUUUGAGUUAUGAUUGGCCAUAGAAUUGCCUAUUUAAAUAUUUGGCUAUUCCUUCUCAAGCUCAACAAGUUAUUCCGGUUGGAACAGGACUUCAUGAAUAUAAUUCAUUCGAGUGCACUUAAUUUCCUUGCAUGGUUUUAUUCAUCAGGAUUCGUUAAAAACAUGUAAAUGAAACGAAGGUUUUGUUAAUCGUAAACGAAUAGGAUGGCCUCCAACGAUGUCGCUGUAACGGUCCAAGGAUGUCAUUGGGAGUGACUGGAGAAGUGGAAGAGGAGGGGAAACGCGUCUGAAAUAGCAGAACAUUUAUCCGGGCGGGUUUGGAGACGUCACAUAUUCUGCACUUGCCCAGGUUGUCUGUUCUGUUUGUGUGUUUCCGAACUGAAUUCCGAAAAUAACCCUAAUGCUGACGCUAACAGCUUGUCUGGUUUUACGUGCCCGGACAAAGGGAAUAUUAGGCGAAUGUGGACUAAAUUGUGGGUACGACCACUUGCAUGUGUACUCUUGCUUAUGUUCGUGUCUGUGUGUGUAUCUCUGUCUAUGUUUGAAAGCGUGUUUCAGUAUAAAUCAGUGCGUGGGUGAGUCAGACUGUGUGUGUCUCGUGCCCGUUUGUGUCCGUUAAAACAAACCGACCCGUACUGAUGAGGCUCGCGUGUACUUGUCAUUCAUAGGUAGCCAACCACCCAAAACUACCACCUCUCAUCCACUGUCAAGAUGAACUCUUACAGAAUACUACCAUGUGUCGAUGAGAGCAAGAGGGAGACAUAUCCUUGACAACCAGAGAGGGAGGGUCAAAGAGCGACCUGCGUCAUUAUCCCUGAGAGAGAGACCAGGAAUUAGGUGCCAAUAUGCCUGGUGUGGAAACGCUGAGGGCGGCAGUAGAAAGGAGAAGGUGGGCCUCAGGCCAGGAGAACAAGGGAGGAUGGAGAGAUCUCGAUGAAGAAAAGCGAGCUGUGGAAAGGAGGAGUUAAGAGAAAGCACUGCCAUCAUAUUUUUGGAGUGACAAAUCUAUUCGUUUUUUACGUGGCAAACACCCAGAGGUGGGGUUAGGAUGCACAGGUCAGUGGAGAGGAGACAGAUCACUACAAGCCAUUGGAGAUUAUAAAACAUAUUUAAUCACCACCUUUCUUUUUCCCCAGCCAGUCUUAGCUAGUAGCCUGUUAUUAGGCUCCUAGUUAAACAUUGACAGGACAUAUUGUCCUGUUUUGACAAUCUGAAAGUGACAGGUCUGAGAGUGACAGAGAGUGAAUCUGAGAGUGACAGGUUAUAUUGAACUCCCUUUGCCCCCCUUCUCCCUGGUUAGGGGAUGGAUGGGAUGAUGGGAGGUGUUGGGCCCCCUGGCGGGGGUGAGGGUCGGCCGGGUCGUAGUGGAGGAGACUCUCAGAGGCGCAGUAAGGGCAGCCUGCCCUCCCCAGGGUACCGCCUCUCCCAGGCAUCGCUGGAGGGUGACAGGUCAGGGGUCGAGGGGUCCGGUUCUGGAGGGGGGCGACGGCGCCUCUCCAUCUUGAGUGCCACCAGAGAUGGCCUCCCCUUCCGUUCAGCUGGCACCCCGACCACCCCUGUCCCCCUGCCCCCUCCUCCAGCCCCCUUCUCCUCCACCCAGCAGCGUUCUGUUGGCUUUUCCUCGUCACGCGCCGCCCUUGCCUCCACUUCCUCCUCCACAGGCACCGGAGUGGUAGUUGUAGCUUUGGGCCCGGAAACCACGACAACCACGGCUUGUAACACCGUGGCGGGCACGCCGGAGAUGGGGAGUCUGUCUGGGACGGGGGGCAUGGGGGGGUUUGGGAUGGGUCUAGACGGGGAGGACUACAGCUACUCCAACCAGUCCACCUUCAUCCAGAGACAGUUUGGAGCCAUGCUGCAGCCGGGGGUCAACAAGUUCAGCCUGCGCAUGUUUGGGUCCCACAAGGCUGUGGCCAUGGAGCAGGAGAGACUCAAAUCAGCAGGGGAGUGGAUCAUACACCCCUACAGCGACUUCAGGUUCUACUGGGAUCUGAUCAUGUUGUGUUUGAUGAUGGGGAACCUGAUCAUCCUGCCAGUAGGAAUCACCUUCUUUAAGGAUGAGAACACUCCUCCCUGGAUCAUCUUCAACGUGGUCUCUGAUACUCUCUUCCUGGUUGACCUGGUCCUCAACUUCAGGACUGGUAUCGUCAAGGAGGACAGCACUGAGAUACUGCUAGACCCCAAGGCUAUCCGUCAGCGCUACCUAAAGAGCUGGUUUGCGGUGGACUUUGUGUCGUCCAUCCCUGUGGACUAUAUCUUCCUGAUGGUGGACUUGGAGGCCCGGCUGGACUCAGAGGUUUACAGGACGGCCAGGGCCCUCCGCAUCGUACGCUUCACCAAGAUCCUCAGCCUGCUGCGCCUGCUGCGCCUGUCACGACUCAUACGCUACAUCCACCAGUGGGAGGAGAUCUUCCAUAUGACCUAUGACCUGGCCAGUGCCAUGGUGAGGAUAGUCAACCUGAUAGGCAUGAUGCUGCUGCUGUGCCACUGGGACGGAUGUCUACAGUUCCUGGUUCCCAUGCUGCAGGACUUCCCCCUGGACUGCUGGGUCUCCAAGAAUAACAUGGUGAAUGAUACGUGGGGGAUCCAGUACUCCUAUGCCCUUUUCAAGGCGAUGAGCCACAUGUUGUGUAUUGGCUACGGUGCCCAGGCUCCAGAGGGCAUGACAGACGUGUGGCUCACCAUGCUCAGUAUGAUCAUUGGUGCCACCUGCUAUGCCAUGUUCAUCGGCCAUGCCACCGCUCUCAUACAGUCCCUGGACUCCUCAAGACGACAGUACCAGGAGAAAUAUAAGCAGGUGGAGCAGUACAUGUCGUUCCAUAAGCUCCCUGCAGAUGUCCGUCAGAGGAUUCAUGAGUACUAUGAGCAUCGCUUCCAGGGCAAGAUGUUUGACGAGGAGAACAUACUGGGUGAACUCAGCGAACCACUAAAGGAGGCGAUAGUUAGCUUUAACUGCCGUAGCCUGGUGGCUCACAUGCCGCUGUUUGCUAACGCGGACCCUAACUUUGUGACGGCAGUGCUGACCAAGCUUCGCUUCGAGGUGUUCCAGCCCAAUGACUUCAUCAUCCGUGAGGGCACGGUGGGACGCAAGAUGUACUUCAUUCAACACGGACGAGUCGGCAUACUCACCCGCGGAAACAAGGAGACCAAACUCAGUGACGGGUCCUACUUUGGGGAGAUCUGUCUGUUGACUCGAGGCCGGAGGACGGCGAGCGUCAGAGCAGAUACAUACUGUCGUCUCUACUCCCUCAGUGUGGACAGCUUCAACGAGGUCCUGGAAGAACACCCUAUGAUGAGGCGGGCCUUCGAGACGGUGGCCGUCGACCGGUUGGACCGCAUCGGUAGGAAGAACUCUAUCCUGAUGAGGAAGCCGUCCCAGGCGGGUUCCAUGGCGGGGGGCAGCGGGGGGCUGGGCUCCUGUGACAGCAUGCUGGUUCAGCAGACCGUUAAACACGACAGCAUGCCAGCCAUGCAGGAGGCCAUCGCUGCUGCCGCUGCAGGAAGGGGAGGGGCCACGGGAGGAAAUGGUACGGUCUCCCCUAGGCCCCACCCACUGAUCUGGGCUCCACUGAUCCACGCUCCGCUCCAGACGGCGGCCGCUACGACUAACGUGGCCAUCGCCCUCAUGCACCAGCAGCAGCAGCAACAGCAGCUUCAACAGCAGCUACAGCAGCAACAUGCGCUAGGAGGCGCUAUAUUCCUCCCCUCCAUCUCUCCAUCGCCCUCCGUCUCCUUCCCCCUCUCCCCCCCGCGGCCCCCUGUCCUGCAGCCCCUGCGCCCCUCUGUGAGUUCCCUCAUUGGGAUGAUGGGAGUAGGAGGGAUGGGGGGGCUGUCCCCUAGAGGGUUUCCUGCCUUCCCCUCCCCCUCACCCUUCCCCAUGGUCCCUCCGGGAGGUGUGAUAUCACCCCCUGUUGCUCAAACCCCACCCACACCGGCCUCCUCUGUACUGCACUACAGUCUCCGCCUCCACCCGGAACACUCUUCAGUGAUGUGUGGAACCCCAGGAAUCCCCAAGGUAGGAGGGGCCACCACACCCCAUCUGUUCUACCACGUGAAUCCAACUGCAGCCACCAGUGUCAUGUCAGACACUUGCAGUUCCAUGGCUGGCCAGCAUGGAGCCAAGGAGGCGCUAUUGCGUCACGGAGGCAGCAGCAACCAGGGCCUGCCUGCACUUGGGAGGCUCACCCAGGAGGCCAGGCUCCUCUCCGCCUCGCAGCCCACCCUGCCUCAUCGAUCCUGGGCAAGCAUGCAGCCUCACCCCCCCCUUCUGCGGAAGGCCUCUGGAGGUAACCUGCUGCCAGCCUCGUUCCUGGCUGGGACGCAGCUAGCCAGGGGUGGCAGUGUGGGGGUGUUGACUACUCCCCUACCAGUACAAGUCUCAGCACAACGGUUACAGAUGCCCCCCUUCAAUGCACAGAUACAAGCACAUAACCUGGGCUCUAUACAGCCCAUCCCUGAUCAUGUCUCUGCAUACUGCCCUGCACACACACACACAGCCACACACACACAUCCUGUCGCUGUACCUGCAGCCACACCCACAUCAGCUUCUCCCCUGGCCUCCUACACCCCCUCCUCUGCUCCCACUCCUUUCUCCCUCAUCCCAGCCCUGCCACUGACCCCUCGCCCCAAACCCACCCCUACACCCCCAUCUCGCUCCUCCUCUCCUCCCCCCUGCUCCAUCCCUCCCUCUUCCGGAACUACUCCACUCACCUCAACCCCUCGCCCCAAACCCAUCCCUACACCUCCCCCUCGCUCUUCUUCCCCCCCUCCCUCCUCCACUCCCCCUCCCUCCUCUGUCAGUGCCCCUCUCUCACUUCCACAAACCCAUGGGCGCAAGUCCUCUCUCGCGUCCCCCUCUCCCCCCUCCUCUUCCCUACCUUCCUCUCCCACUCUUCUUCAGAGCCCCCUAAUCAAGCCCUCCCCUUACCUUCUAUCUGGGCCCACCCCUACCCUCUCUAAAGCCUUUACCCCUAUCCAGACUCGUACCCCUACCACUACCCUCUCUCAACCCUCCAAUCGUCCCUCUACCCCUAUUUCUACUCCUGUUCCCAUUCAGAGCCAAACCCUAACUGCAACCCCCACCCCAGCCCCCACCCCAGCCUCCACUCCCACCCCAGCCUCCACUCCCACGCCAGUCCCCACCCCAGCCUCCAGUCCCACCCCAGUCCCCACCCCAGCCUCCACUCCCACCCCAGUCCCCACCCCAGCCACCACUCCCACCCCAGCCUCCACUCCCACCCCAGUCCCCACCCCAGUCCCCACUCCCACCCCAGUCCCCACCCCAGCCUCCACUCCCACCCCAGUCCCCACCCCAGCCUCCACUCCCACCCCAGCCUCCACUCCCACCCCAGCUCCAAAGCUGACCACAGCCGUAACACCUGUCCAAACCUCCACUACCACCCUCCCACCCACUCAGUUGGUCCCAGGCCCUGCCACCUCCCUCCCUCAAACCUCUUGCCCCCCAGCCACCUCUGCCCCCUCCGCCUCCCCCAAGGGGGGCAAGAAGGACCCGUAGCUGCCUCAGACAGGGAAAGACUAAUAGGGACUGAGAGAAAAACUGCCUGCCAACAUGUGAUGGUCCUGGAGAUAAUGAUCUGAUUGGAGGAUGGACUUUUCAGGAGAGAUAUACUGUGUAGAUUGUGUCACCAAACACCCCAUGCCCCAAUUAAAGUAGCACACUGUAAGGAAUAGGGUACUGCAGAUUUGAGUUCAACAAACUAUCCUCCAAACAGCCCAUGACUUGCGACUAGGUUUUAACAGUCGUUGCCAACAUGACAUGCCAAAAUUCUAGAUUCAAACCGAGUUCGGCAGACUCUGUAUAUCUAUGGCUCUGGUGACUAGGGCAGGCUAGAGUAGAAUCACAGUUUAUGUUUGAAGUCCAAACAUAUAGAUACAUAUCUGUGUAAGUGAUUGUUGGAGCAAGCAAGAGAGAUGAACUGGAAGAUAAUAGCAGCACACAGUGGGAGGGACGAUACAGCUGUCAGAAAAGACAAGGACGAUGAUGACAAAGAUAGCAAUGGGGCUCGUUGCAUCUUGCUGCUGAUUGGAGGAGGAUUAGUUGGUCAAUUCCAAGGCGACCAAUAAGAUAGGCACUUCCUGAUUUCCAGCUUCCCCUCCCUUUUGCCUCUCGCUCUUCACCAAAGUGUAAUAUUUUGUCAUUAUAUGAUUAAUCAUAGUAUGAGAUUACUAAUCACUGUAAAGUUAGUCAUCAUAUUGAUCAGUAACUAUAGGAGCGAUUGAUCCACUUGUAGUUUUGUUGUCCAAGUUGUGUGGUGUUUAGCUUCGGUCCAAUAUGUUCACACAACUUCUGUAACUGAAUUGUGUGUUUUGGUGCAACACUUAAUACUGCUCCCUCGUAAACUGUGGAUGUGGGUUUAUUUGUUCCGCCUAGCUUCCUGUAAAUGCAUGCCUCUCUCUCUAUUCCCUCCUCUUCCCUCGUUCCUCACCUCCUCUGGCUCCUGUCUGCUUUCAUCCUGUCUUUCAUCUCUGUAUGUCUGAUCCUCCUUUCAUCUUUCACAGAGCUUUUGUAGUUAACUACUGUUCCAGGGACAUUCACAGAUGCUCUCUAUCUCUCUCCAUCUCUGACUUUUCCCUCUCUCUACUGUAUCUCUCUCUAUCAUUCCCUCCCUCCCUCCAUCCAUCCCUCCCCCUCCUUUCUUCCCUCCCUUGUCCUGGUGUCAUGUCCAGUGCUGUUUGAUGUUUUCUGUGGGUAGCAACAGAGCAUUCCUCUUUUAACCCUUGAUACCAUGUUGCCUAGAUUAUAUUUAAGGACUGAAUGUUUUAUUUGUGAUCACAGCUUUAGCUUUUGAGCAAAAUCAAUGAAAUGAUAGUUGUUGAUGAUGAUGUUAUUGAUGAUGAUGUUAUUGAUCAUGAUGAGGAUGACCAUGAUGAUGGUGACGGUAAGAAUGUUUUUGAUGAUAGCUAGAAUAAAGCACAUUUAGAAAGUCA